AUGACCCCUUCCUCAACGACACAGAAAACCAUCCAACAGAUUUUGUCUUGCUCACGCCUCACAGUCAGCGGUCUUGAAGAGCUGCAGGGACACCUCCACCGAAUAUGUUCAAUUCGACUCUCCAACGGCGCCCGCCUCAUAUUCAAAACCUGUCCAUCACCAUUCCAGACCCUGCUGCGACCCGAACAAACAUACCUCGAUUCUGAAGCCACGAUACUCCAGCUCCUGGCCAACACCUAUAUACCAGUACCUCGUAUCUUGAAAUAUGAACCAGCCCUGAGCAGCUCGACCGCUCCUUUUAUUCUUACGACCUGCCUCCCAGGUUCUCUCUAUGCCGACGUCAUCCAUCACCGAACAAAAACCGAGCGCGGAGGUAUCGAGAGGCAAGUUCAAGCGCUGCGCUCCAGUCUCAACCAGUAUACAUCCUUCACAUAUGGCCCAGCUGGUCUGGUCAAGGCAGGCAAAGGCUUCAGGACAUGGAAGGAAGCAUUCAUCGCCAUGAUUGAGUCCCUUCUCAUGGACGGGGAAGAUAUGCUGGUCAAUCUCCCAUACUUUCAGAUCAGAGAGGCGAUCAGCAGGUGGGAGACGUAUUUAGAAGACGUCAGGGAGGCGAGAUUGGUGAUACCUGGCUUGGGCGAUCCGUCAAACACAUUGAUCGACCUUGACGCAAAUGAGGUCACUGGUUUGCUUGAUUAUGGACGCGCGAUGUGGGGAGAUGUUGCAAUGGCUGAAGUGGGAAGAGGGAAAGAUAUCAAGGGGCUUUUGUACGUCUUGUGCGCCCUCGUAAUGUAA